UCUCUUUCUCUCUCUCUCUAGAUCUGCAUGUGUGCGUGUGGGUGAUCACCAAACCUAAUUGUAUGGACCUUGACUAUGAUUCCAUAUAUAUACGUAAAAUUAUUGUAGCUUUGAAACGAAGCCACACACACCCACUAUAACAAACCCAAUUCCAUCCCCUACCCAUCUAGCUAGCUCCAUCUCAUUUCCUUCACCAUCAGCUCUCUCUCAUGAAAGAAAUGAAAGAUAGAAUGGAAAGGUUCGUUGUUCUUCCCUUCGCGGGUGGUUGUGUUUCUCAUUCCAGUGUUGCUGUAGUAGAAAAGCAACCUCGAAGAUCAAAGCCAGACACUAACACAUACACACUUGCUGGCGAAGGAAUUCAAGAAGAUGAAAAGAACUCCUCAUCAGUUACAACAAUGAAGAACUCUAUGUGGCUUCCUGCUCUUCCAAGGUCCAACAUUUCCAAUGGGUUUCAGAGGUUUUUCAAGGGCUUCAGGGGCUUCUCUCACUUAUUUGUGUACGAGGAGGAGAUGGAAGAAGUGGAGAUGGACGUUGAAAUAGGGUUUCCAACAGAUGUAAAGCACGUAACCCACAUUGGAUGGGAUAACACCGCUGCAGCUACCGACUCCAUCAAAGGAUGGGACACGCUCAUGGCUCCCCACCUCUUCUCUCUCCCUCCUGCAUAAUCUCAAUCAUUUCAUCGUCAUCAUCAUAUAACAUAUACAUAUACAUACAUUAUUAAUUGACUGUUACGCACGUACUACUGGAGCCAUGCACGAAUUGGUGGUGAAUGUUCAUGCUGGCAUGCAUGUAUAAAUCUCAUCUAUCUCGCUACUUUAGAGUAUUCUGUAUUAAUUCUGUCUGAUGAUCAUCCAUCUACUAUCUAUUCCCUGUAAUCUAUAUAUGCUUGUGGUGCGCA